AUGCAGAUCUACGAGGACGCCCAUGGGAAUGGAUUUCUCCAGAGCCUCACUGAAGUGGCAACUCCAAGUGCGAGAGCGUCCCAGGGCCCUUACACCGAUAUUGAUUUCGGCAAGAACGUUGAAAGCGUGAAGGAUGCUCUCGACAAGCUUAUGGAGGACAAGCCUCAGACUGCCGUAGCUUUGCGGCCAAUCACCAAGGAAGACCUACCGUCUCAGGUACAUAUCAAGCAAUCUGGUUCAGUCCCUGUUGAACUAGAUUCCCUCACUGCGCCAAACCAGACCCAGGAAGGGUAUCUGGUUCCUCGACUCAAGCAUAUUGUCAGCCAUCUAGCAGAUUAUCCAAGAAAGAUUGAAAAUCAUGAACAACGCCUGGAUCUACUGGAGAAUGCAUCAUUCUCAAAUGCUGCCAUCGAGGAACUCCAGGAAACUGAUGAACGCAUUGAUAACAGGGUCUGCGACCUCGAGGAACGAGUUGUGGAGCUAGAGAAAGGCCAAGCUGCAAUUAACGACGCCAGCAGUGUCGGUAGCCGACAGGUUAUUAAUACUUCUUUCAAUUCUGGGGCAUCAGUCACCUCAUCCGCGAUGAUUGCAGCCGCUAUUAUUGAUGGUUUCGACGUCUCUCGAGUCGAGGCUCUUGAGGCUCAAGUCGCCGAACUUCAAGCCUCGGCUCUGCCUUCACACUCCCGACCCUGGGAAGUGGAAGUCGUCUUCCUACCCUUUGGGACUCAACUCAUGGGCACCUGGUCAUCACAGCACAGCAUGACUCAACGGUCCAGGUUAAACAGCACGGCGAUGGAUGAGUGGACCCAGACGCAACAUUCGAUGGCUGCAGCACAGGCGUGUCUCACUGCUCAUGAUCAGGCUUCUGCCUGGGAGAACUCGGCCAUGAAUCUCGGUGACCAGGAAGAUACUACUUGGUUGAUGGCUAAGGCUUGCGCUCUUCGGUCACGAGUUGAUGAAAGGCUUCGCAGCAGAGGACUUGUCAAGGCGAUCCAGGUUUUCGGGCCUGAUGCCAGGGAUGUCCAAUCUGCCAUGUUGACGGCGUUUGGAGAUCUUCCUGAUAUUCUCGCCGAGGAUCCUUACACUCAACGUGAGGACCAAAACGCUGGCGCGGUACCCAAGACCUUGAAGAAAUAUCUUGGGCUUCACUAUUCAUGGAUCCCACUUCGAAAGUUGCACAAGGAUUCAUGUCUUCGAUUCUUGAACCCAUCCGAGAUGGUCACACCUGCUCUGUGGACGACACCUUUCCUGACCUCAAGCGUUGUAAUGAGACACAAGACGAAACCCCGUCUCUAUGUCACCCACCGUGACAGCUACAUCCAACACCUCGGGCAUGACAACGCUGACUGGACCUGGCAAAAGCUCCGUCAACUCCCCCGACUAUCCAAUUCGCAAAUCCAAUCAAGUAAACGCCGCAUCGCAUCCUUCGAGCACUCGACCUCUGUCUCGCCAACCCGUCCUUCCGCCUCAACCUCCAACUUAAACCUCACUCUCAACUCGAAUCUCAAACGCCGCCGUACCCGCUCACCCUCCCGCGCAGUAGAUACACCACGAUGGUCCGUCGGUCCUCCCUCCCCAUUCACUUUCCACGACGAGCUUGCCCAAGCUCAAGGUGGAGGUGGUGGUCAACGAGGUGACAAAAGAGAGAAAGAAAGGGGCAUGACGCCCUUCGCCUACGCAACGCCGCAUUCCAACGCACCGUACAUCGAGCGACCGCGCAGCGGAAGCGGGAUAGGCAUCUACGAAGACGAGGAUAAUAGUGCAGAUGAGGCGCGCGAGCAUGAGCACCAAGGUGGAGGGAGCACGACUGAAGAAUUGACGGGCUUUGAGGAGGAUGAGACGGGGUACGAGGAGCGGGCUUUGAGCGAUUAUGACUCUGAUAAUGUAUCCGACGAGGGGAGUGUUGAAUUGGGUAUGGGCCAGCAUGAGGAGUGGGAGGGUGUCCAGGAUUCAAGCUUCCAUUCUGGCGAGAGGCAGAGGGCGGGAUUUGGGGAUGAGGAGGAUGAGGAUGGGGAUGACGGUGGGACUGAGAGUACCCCGAGUGAGUAUCCGUCCACGCAACCGCAGCGGCAGGUGCAGGCUGAAGCGCCGUUGUGGAGUGCCACGAAGGCGGGGUUUAGGAUUCAUGUUGACGAAGGGGAGGGUUGA